AUGGUAGCGGAGGCAGACGUUUCCGGCAAAGAAGCCGCCGCCUUGAUAUUCACCUACGGAACGUUAAAAAGAAACUUCUCGAACCACCCUCUUCUCCAAGACCUAAUCCUGAACGGCGACGCCUCUUUCAUCGGAACCUACCGCACCGUCCAAAAUUACCCUCUUGUAUGUGGCCCCUACCGUGUCCCCUUCCUUCUCAACAUUCCUGGGUCGGGUCAAUCUGUGCACGGAGAACUGUACUCCGUCUCCACGGACGGGCUUUCGAGAAUGGACGAACUGGAAGGAACCUCACGCGGUCACUACGAGCGUCUCCCUAUCAAGGUGGUUCCUUCCGGUGAGGAGAUGGAGGCAAAGAUAACAUGCGCCGAGGCAUAUUAUGCGCACGGGAGCUACGCGAUGGAGAUGUGGAAGAAGAAUGGAAAACAAGGGUUGAAGUGUUACACGGAGAAUGAAACAAUUGGGUAUGUUAAGCGUAAAGAUAGACCUCAACAUUUGACUUUCCUUGAUCAUAUUCGAUUGUUCCUUUCCGAUUGA